ACGUGAGGGGGAUAUUAACACUUUAAAUACAAAAGAAUUGGGAUUGCCUUUGUGCGAUGAAUUAGCACUUAAUACUCUAGAAAAUAAAUUGGAAGACAAUGAGUUUUUUGAAAGUAUGGUACAUACAUUAAAAGGCCUAGGAGGUGUUGAUGUGCAUUCUUGCACUAUUAAUAUACUUAAAAAAUUGAUGUCUAACUCUUUGGCCGAAAUGUACAGUUUUGCCGGAAUGAAAAAGAAAAAGGCUUUCCAGGAAUUGACUUUGUACAAAAUCAUACUUAAAACUGUCCGCAUUCAUUACAAGGACGUGACUGAGGAGGAAGUUGCCAAAUUUAUAGCGAAAUGGCUAGUACAGGCCAAAGCUCGUCGAGAGAGAAAAAAAUCUUCUAUUUCACUUGAUGAAAACAAAAAUAUGCAGAUAUGCAGCAAUCACGAUGAUGCCGAAGAUGAUUUAUGACGAUUUAAGAUGACUUAUGACGAUUUAAGAUAAUAUUUAUGACGAUUUAAGAUGAUUUGUGUGUUCAAUAAAA